AAAAGCACAAGACGCACAAAAAAAGUACCCCUCGCCCUCCCUGUCUUAUUUCCCUCUCAUUUUUCUCUCUUUUCCCUCCUUCCGCUUCCUGUUUUUGUUUCCCGACAAAACAAACCACGUAACAGAAAAAAAAAAAAAGAAAAAAGGAAAGAACGAAAAAUGAGAGAAAUCCUUCACAUCCAGGGGGGGCAGUGCGGUAACCAGAUCGGUGCCAAGUUCUGGGAAGUCAUUUGCGACGAGCACGGAAUUGACCACACCGGGAAGUACAGCGGCGACUCUGAGCUUCAGCUCGAGCGCAUCAACGUCUAUUACAAUGAGGCAACUGGCGGAAGAUACGUUCCACGCGCCGUCCUCAUGGAUCUGGAGCCGGGAACCAUGGACUCCGUUAGAUCCGGUCCGUUCGGGCAGAUCUUUAGGCCUGAUAACUUCGUUUUCGGGCAGUCCGGGGCUGGUAACAACUGGGCGAAGGGACAUUACACUGAGGGAGCUGAGCUUAUUGAUUCCGUUCUUGAUGUUGUCAGGAAGGAGGCAGAGAAUUGCGAUUGCUUGCAGGGAUUUCAAGUUUGCCACUCCUUGGGAGGUGGUACCGGCUCAGGAAUGGGAACACUUCUCAUCUCGAAGAUUAGGGAGGAGUACCCAGAUCGCAUGAUGUUGACUUUUUCUGUCUUCCCUUCCCCCAAGGUAUCUGACACAGUUGUGGAGCCAUACAAUGCCACACUUUCUGUGCAUCAGCUUGUUGAAAAUGCUGACGAAUGCAUGGUCUUGGAUAAUGAGGCUCUCUACGACAUUUGCUUCCGUACUUUGAAGCUUGCCACUCCAACAUUUGGCGACCUUAACCACCUAAUUUCCGCUACCAUGAGUGGAGUUACUUGUUGUCUACGUUUCCCGGGGCAACUUAACUCUGAUCUCCGAAAGCUUGCUGUUAACCUUAUCCCAUUCCCUCGUCUCCACUUCUUCAUGGUUGGGUUUGCACCCUUAACAUCAAGAGGAUCCCAGCAGUACCGGGCUUUGACUGUGCCUGAGUUGACUCAGCAGAUGUGGGAUGCCAAAAAUAUGAUGUGUGCUGCUGACCCACGCCACGGUCGCUAUUUGACAGCAUCAGCAAUGUUCCGUGGUAAGAUGAGCACCAAGGAAGUAGAUGAGCAGAUGAUCAAUGUGCAGAACAAGAACUCAUCUUACUUUGUUGAGUGGAUUCCUAACAAUGUCAAGUCCAGCGUGUGCGAUAUCCCACCCAAGGGUCUCAAGAUGGCAUCCACCUUCAUUGGUAACUCAACCUCAAUUCAGGAGAUGUUCAGGAGAGUUAGCGAGCAGUUCACAGCUAUGUUCAGGCGCAAGGCUUUCUUGCACUGGUACACUGGGGAAGGAAUGGACGAAAUGGAAUUCACCGAGGCCGAAAGCAACAUGAAUGAUCUGGUUGCUGAGUACCAGCAAUACCAGGAUGCUACUGCUGAUGAGGAAGAGUAUGAAGAGGAAGAAGAGGAGGCUGCUGCUUAAGGCAUCUAUUGUGCUAUGUGGAAGAUUGUUUCAUAUGUUUAAUAUGGUUGGCUUUUGAUCGAGUGGUAAAUUUUUUAAAUUUUGGAGCAGUCAAAUUAGAUUGACUCGUUGAUGUGUAUGCUUAAUGCUUAUGUGUUGAUUGUUGUCAUUUGUAUAAAACUGGGUUUUGUUGGCAAUGCUUCUAUUUUUGAGAUAAGUCUUGGAUGUUUGUUAACUGUUAUUAUAUGUAUAGAGUUUGAAGAUUUUUCUAUAAC